GUAUGUGUGUAGGAGUGCCAGUGAUUUCUCCAGAGAAUCACACUCCAUCCGAUCCUGUUGCAAUUGUAUAAGCAAAUGAUGGUUUCUAUAGAUGUAUAUUCGGCCAAUAGCUGCACGGAGAGUGAGGAGGACGACACAGCAGAAGCAAGAGAACUCAAUAACAUGGCACUGUACCAAAAGUCAGAGAAGCCAGGCAAACUCACAAUAAGAUGUGAUGAGCUCCAAGGGUUGACCCUCAAAGAAAUCAUUUCCGAGCUGACAACAUGUGUCCACUGCAGUGACCACUCCUCACACAUCUUCCUGCUUCCGUGUGGCCACAGCAUGUGUAGCGAUUGUCUGGAGGAUUUCAAGACGACGGACCAGUCGAGAGAUGCAGAGAUAUGGGUGCCUUGCCCUGGGAUGUGUGACUACACUAUUGUAGUGAAGGGAGGCCAUCUCGACCAGGCCAUCCACAAGCUCAAGGGAGUGGGACUGCUGACUAUGCUCUCUCAGAAUGAACGGUCAUGUGAAGAACACAGCAGAGCAGACUAUGCUUCUCCCACCUCACCACGAUCGUCUGCUUCAAAUAAAUCACCCGCACAAUUCAUCUGCAGCAACUGCGACGUCAGUUUGUGCCGCUCAUGUGCCCAGCAGCACUGCAUCCCACAUCCCUGGGAACACAGGAUACAAAGGUUGGAUGAUUAUCUUGCCGAGUCCACACGAGAAGCUUUCAGGUGUCCGAAACAUGGAGAGAGGUUUUCCAUAUAUUGUACGGUUUGUGAGCAGCCUGUGUGCCAUGUCUGUUGUGCAAUGAGCCACGCAGGACACAAGCUGAAGGAGUUGUCAAGCGGGGUUGACAUCAGAGGAGCUGUCAAGAAUACGCUGGGUCUGUUAGAGGAGAUUGUGACGUCUGCUGACAGGGUGAGGGAGGUGGUGAAGGAUGCAAAGAUGGCUUGGGAGGAGCAGCAAGUUGAGGCCGUAAACACCAUCAGAGCAGAGGAACAGAGAGUGGUAGACGCAGUGGAGAAAACUGCAGAUCGUCUUGUCGAGGUAGUCACAAAGGUUUCAUCAGGUGCCAUGGAAACCAUUGAUAACACAGACAACAACAUCACAGGGAAGCAGAAGAUGGCCAAAUUAAUGGAAAACAUCCUGUCGUCUGCUCUGGAGUCAGAUUCAGACGACAUCAUGUCAAUAUUCAAAUUUUACAUCGAGAAUGAGAAGGUUUUUGAAAGUGGGGUGCCAGUGCUGGAAAAAGGGAAAGCAACAAUUUGUUUUGUUCCAGCGAACACUGAUGGGCAGAAUAUAUUAGGGCAUGUUGAGCACGAGAAUGGCAAAACUGACACAGCAAGUAUCGCGACGAAGGAGCGGCUCAAUUCUGAUACUGCGAGACGUAUCUCCAUGACAUCAGGGAGCGAGGCACCAGAGUUACCCGAGUUUGAAGAAGCCGAUGAGGACACCAGGGAACAGGGCCAACAAUUCACCUUACGUGAAGUCCACAAAGUACCACUCUUGAUCGACUAUGUGAAGACAUCGGAGCUGGUGGUCAGUCCAUGCCCAUCCAGAGUCAUAGCAGCAGGGGACGGUUGCUUUAUAAUUCGAGAACGCUGCUCGAACACAAUCAUCGAACUCUCCCCAAACAAAUGGGAACCAAACGCAUACAGCAUCACAAAGGUGUUUCGUGGAUGUGAUAAAUAUUUCCUCCAAGACCCCAUAGACAUUGCGCUCCAUGGCGGUCAUAUCUUCGCACUCGAUCGAGCCGUUACCCGGCAAUGUUUGGUUGUUUUUGACAGAACAGGGCGAGGCAAGCAAGUGUUGAAAUUUGACCGGAAACCCAACACGAUAUGCUGUAGCGGGGGGACUCUCUAUGUCGGCUUCUUUAGUAAGGUCUGCUGCUACACGAUCAAGCCUAAACCAGAUGGUCCAGGGUUGUUUGACUUCACCUUGUUUCGUACUGUCAGAGUUGAUGGGAAGUGGCCGUGGCAUAUUACAGCAAACAGUGAUGGGAUGGUCGUGGUCAACCUCCAAGGUAGAGAACUAGCCUGCCUACACAACGUCAAAAAGGACCAUAUUCAAACAGUCAAGGAAACACAAAUGGAGAUGCGAGGAAUAAGUUUCCGGGGAUCAACACUCCUCGUGACGGACAGAACUGGUUCCCGGAUCCUUUCAUUAGAGAUUAAAGACGACGUGCCUGGGCUUGACGGGGCAAGGGUGGUUCUGGAUCGUGGAGACGGUGUGAAGAAUCCUGUUGGUCUGGCGACAGGUAUGAACGGUCAGGUCAUGGUCGGCCAGGAGAACGGGGAGCUCCGCAUGUACAAUACAACCUCUCUAUUGCGGACACCCAUGGAACUGGGCCAAGGUGUCCCCAAUAGAGAGGUGUCCGCAAUAGAGAGGUUAUGCCAAAUCGUCCAAUAGGUGGAUUUGAAGUUCCCGCCUUGCAGGUCUUGGUUUUCUCUGUGUGGACAUCUAGCGUAGAAACUUUAAACCUGUUGGCUGAUCGGUAUUUGCUUGUGAUGUUGCGUUGAAUGACGUGAGCUACUUUGGAACUCAGAGAGUGAAUAAUCUCUCUAGUAAAAGGUGCCCCUUUUAUUGCAAAAUCUCCUUGACAUGUAAUAAUGUGUGAAAAAACACCAUAAUUUCUGUCCAUCAGCCACCUUUAACUAAUGAUAAAUUUUUUCUAAUUUCUCUACUAACGCAUAUUCGCCGUAACACUGACAAAACCGUGUGGAUUUAUGACCCGUUGACACAAUAGGCCUAUGUGAUUAGUUGAAAAGAUGAGUAAACAAAUGCCGCGGCUUUAUUAGGAUACAAAAACACAAUGCCAUGGGGUAAUUACGUUGAUUAAUUACGCAAAUAUCACACCUGUCGGGCCUACUUGACUCUCCAAGCGCACGUGGGAAACCAUUGUUUUUGCCUACUCUCCGUAAUUGGGAGGAAAUUGGACCAAAAAUUGGCCAUCGCCCUGUCCGCAAUUCGGAGUAGAGAGGUGUCCGCCGUACAGAGGUUUUUGUUAUUGGAAAUGACUUAGAAAAAAAUCGAUACUGGCCGGACGUGUCCGUAAUGUAGAGGUGUCCGCCUGGCAGAGGUGUCCGAGAAGGGAGGUUCUACUGUAUGUGGCUCGAUAGAGACACGCACAAACCAGCUCACUGAACAUUUUCGAAACAUGCAACCAAUUCCUAGAUCAGUCAAUUGUGAUCUUUUGUCAACUUUUUAAGUACGCUCCAAACUAUGUGUCGUAAUAUCGGGUUGACCACUAAAAUUGAGUAAACUAUUGACAUGAAAUUACAAAUAUUCAAGAGUCACUGUCACCGAGUUAUCAUAUGAAUCUUUGCCGCAUAGAGUAUUAAUCUGUAAUGCAUUCCUCACAUAUUUAGACAUAAUACUUUCCAAAUUUCAUGUCAGAAAAAGCAAUGUCAGACAGAAUAGGAUGUUGGAAAAUGAUAAGAACUUGUAUUCUUCAUGAUUUGUAUACUUUAAUUUAGCAUUAUGCUACAGCAACUGUAAAAUUCCAUUUA